AUGGAACUAGAUUGGCCUAAGCGCUGCCUCAUUAUCAAUGGGAUUGCUCGAGGACUUCUUUAUCUUCAUCAAGAUUCUAGACUCAGAAUAAUCCAUAGAGACCUAAAUGCAGGCAACAUUUUGCUAGAUAGUGAGAUGAGCCCAAAAAUUUCAGAGUUUGGCAUGGCUGAAAGUUUUGGAGCAAAUCAAAUUGAAGCAAAUACAGAAAGAUUGGUUGGAACAUUUGGUUACAUGCCCCCAGAGAAUGCAAGUGAAGGACUAUACUCAUUGAAGUCUGAUGUUUUUAGCUUUGGUGUUUUGGUGCUGGAGAUUGUGACUGGGAAGAGAAACAGAGGAUUUUCGCACCCAGACCGCCGGCUUUGGUCAAAUUGCUUCUUUCUCCACAUUGACAUGUUAAGACUUGAUGGUCAGUAG